UCCUGUCCUUCUCUUCUAAACAGUAUUUAUUGCACAAUAACAAUAACAAUAACUGAAUCUAGUUACUAAUAAAAUCAAUCUAAGAUAUUAAAGAAGAAUGAAAUAGCAUAGCUAGAAACAAAAAGCUUUUACUAUAUUCAAAAAUAAAUUAGGUUCAUAAAGGUACAACUGACUAAUGUUCAAGAGAGAAAAAAAAAACAACAUGGGCGCUAUUUUUUGUAAUUACAUGCCAACAGAAACGUGGGUGCUACCUUUGCAAUUAAAUAUACAUAAAGGAAUGGGGACCGCCGGACAGCUACCUUGGCUCUGUCUGUCCAUUCAUCUUUGUGGAUUUUCACUGGAGCUAUCCCAUUUCCAAGCGCUAUUUUGCAGACAACUUCUGUCUUGAACACAUGCAGAUAAUGAGUUAAACUCAUUCCAAAAUUGGAGGAGUGCAUAUUUUCAUGACUGAAGAAGCUCGCUAGCUGUCUGAAAACCACAGGAGUUGACUAUGUCUUCAAAGAUUAAUCUGUUGAUCUGUUUUUUCAUUCUUCAUCUGUUGGCUGCUACCAAUGUUAGAGGGCGCAAGAUAGGGAUAUAUGAGAUAAAGAAAGGAGAUUUCUCUGUUAGAAUCACUAAUUAUGGUGCCAGAAUCAUCUCUGUCCUUCUUCCUGAUAAGCACGAAAUCAGUGUUACAGUCUCUUGCUCCGUUCCAGGAAAUAUAGGUGAUGUUGCUCUGGGAUAUGACACCGUCAAAGAAUAUGAGAAUGAUACAACUUCUUUCGGAGCCCUACUUGGAAGGGUAGCUAACCGGAUUGGUGGUGCUCAAUUUACUUUGAACGGAACCCUUUAUAAGCUUAUUGCCAAUGAUGGCGCAAACACGCUGCACGGUGGCCCAAAAGGAUUUAGCCGUGUUGUUUGGAAUGUUAACAAAUAUGAGCAAGAUGGUCCCUAUCCUCACAUUACUUUAACCUACCACAGUACUGAUGGGGAAGAAGGAUUUCCUGGUGAUGUUCUUGCCUCUGUUACCUAUGCAUUGGAAGAUCCUUACAAGCUUAGUGUGGUAAUGAAGGCAAAAGCACUAAACAAGGCCACUCCAGUUAACUUAGCUCAACACACUUAUUGGAACAUUGGUGGACACAACAGUGGAGAUAUCUUGUCCAACGUUGUUCAAAUCUUUGCGUCACACAUCACUCCAGUAGACGAACAUCUCAUUCCUACAGGUGAAAUUUCUCCCGUCAAGAACACGCCCUAUGAUUUCCUUAAACCCCGUGAAGUGGGGAACCAGAUCAGUAAACUCCCAAGUGGAUAUGACAUCAACUAUGCACUCGACAGCACUGUAGAAAUGAAGCCCGUGGCAAUAGUUUAUGAUAAGAAGUCAGGAAGAGUGAUGGAUUUACAAGCGUCUGCGCCUGGUGUGCAAUUCUACACUGCAAACUCCCUUAUUCAGAAGGGGAAAGGUGGAUAUGUAUAUCAGCCUCAUGCAGCAUUGUGCUUCGAGACUCAAGGGUUCCCUGAUGCUGUGAACCACCCAAAUUUCCCUUCAACAAUUGUGACUCCAGGAAAGGCCUACGUUCACAAAAUGCUGUAUACUUUCUCAAUCAUGAAAUACUGGAAUUCUUAUUAAUUUUUUUCAACAUCGCUUGUGUCUUUUGUAUCUUUUGCAUAAAUUGAUAUUUCUGUCAAGGUUAUAUGUUCUUGCUGACGAAUAAAACACCUGAUAUUUAGACUUAAUACAGUUAUGUUUUGAUGGA